CAAUCUAGACAAUCAAAAACAUGAUGGCAAUUGAAAAGGUCAAAGGAUUUUGCCAAAUAGUAGUUUCUUCAAAGGUGCGAGAGGGUAUUGCACAUUUAAUUCAAUCGUGUGGUCUUGGUGGAAUGAAGCAUAAUUCAGUUGUUAUGGGGUGGCCAUAUGGUUGGAGACAGAGUGAAGAUCCCAGGGCUUGGAAAACUUUCAUAGACACUGUGAGAGUCACGACAGCUGGCCAUCUAGCCCUACUGGUGCCAAAAAAUGUUUCUUUCUACCCAAGUAAUCACGAACGCUUCACUGAGGGCCACAUUGAUGUUUGGUGGAUUGUGCACGAUGGAGGCAUGUUGAUGCUGCUUCCAUUCCUCCUUCGACAACACAAGCAUAUUGACUGACUGAGAGAUAGUAAGAACUGCCGAUGCUGGAGUCUGAG